AUGAAAUUCACCGUUGCCACCCUCAUCUUUGCUAUCCUCGCCCAUGCCUCGCCUCGGGAUGAGAUCCCCUCCUGCGCAGUUCCUUGUAUAGACACUGUCGUGACGGAGCAGACCAGCUGUGUCACAGACGAUUUCAAUUGUAUUUGCGCUUCCCAGGCGGCGGUUGCGAAAGCCGGUAGACGCUGCGUCAUGGACAAGUGUGGUCUCAAAACCGCUAUGAACGAAGUUCUGCCAGUUGUUAAUAAGAUUUGUCAUGAGCAUGGCUUUUAA